GCUUCUAAAAAGCAGAACCCUUGUUGGGUCAAUUUCCAGAAGGUGGUGGAAAUCGCCUGGAAUCAACGCGAUUCCCAGAUCAAUUGAAGUACUCCGUGUUAUUCAGAAGGCGUGAUAAGAGGCAUUUCUUCUGUCUCAUCCCUCUUAUUCAUUCUAUAUGUUCAGAAUUGCUUAAAGUAGUAGUUGGUUCAGAGUUUCAUAUGGCGCUGAAUCCUCAGCUUUUCCCCAAUGGGAUGCCCGUACCCUUCGUCAACGAAAUGUUCGUCUUAGCCAGAGAUGGUGUCGAAUUCGAGGUCGAUAAGAUCCCUGGGCCAGGACGUGUUAAGGCAAAGGGAACGAUUUACUUGUCAAAUAUCCGCAUGGUAUUUGUUGCAAAGACUGCUGUUGGCAUUUUCUCUGCAUUUGACAUGCCAUUGCUGUAUGUUUCCAGCGAAAAGUUUAACCAACCAAUAUUCCACUGCAACAAUAUCUCUGCAUCUGUGGAACCUGUUGUGCCGGAGAAUGAAAACAGGGCUUUGUAUUCCACGCACUCCAUCAAAAUCCUGUUUAAGGAAGGUGGUUGUGGGACUUUUGUGCCCUUAUUUUUCAACUUAAUAAAGUCAGUUAGAGAAUACCAUCGACAACAGCAAACUGCUGCAGCGGCUCAGCCACGAAUGGAUCCUUUGCAAGCCGCACAAACUCCUGUUGAUGAAAUGAUGAGACACGCCUAUGUUGACCCCAAUGAUCCCACAAAGAUCUUCCUGCAGCAGCCCACUCCCGAGUCUCAGCUCAGGCGGCGCACGUACCAGCCACAUCCUGCUGAGCACUCAACUUGAAUUGUCUGUUGGGCGUGGUGGAUAUUAAGCUGUACGAGUUUAUUAUAUAUAAAACAAUUAUGGAAUCCUUUGAAACGUGUGUAUAUUGAGAUGUGCAGUAUCAACAUUCUGUAUCAGCUUUUCUUUCAUAUUGAGUGAUGUUUAAACGAAGUUUCAGCAUUGUAUGGACUGUUGUUAAAUAAUAUCCGCAUUUAGAUGUAAUGACAUAAAUUUAAAGCACCUCCUAGAAUUUUUCUACGAAGCGGACCAUCUUCCUUAUGGAAUGGACGAUUCUUU